AUGCACUGGAUUAGUCACCGCAACCAUCUGGGAAAUACAUGCGCUGUUGAUUUCAUAUGGCUUCUGAAUCCUGACAAAUAUCGAAAGCUACUAAAAUCGAGCUGGAGUGAAGCAGUUUUCGGCAUGUUCAAGUAUCUAUUGCAAAGAACUUCAAUAACAGAGAGUGCUUCAUUUGAUUUUCUAAAGGAUGAAAAUGAAGAUUGUAUUACAUAUUCUAGUUUUAGUAAAGCACUUCAACAGCUUAAUUUGAUUGGUCAUUGUUAUGGUUUGAGUGAUGAAGAGACAAAGAACUUGUGGUUUCAAGCAGAUAUAGAUGGAAAUGGUGUAAUUGAUUAUAAACAAUUUCUGUAUCAAAUAUGGAAUGCCACCGGGUCGGAUUAUCAAAGAGAUGACAACAAGAACGAGAAGCAAGACGAAGAACCAAAUGAUACCAAAGAGGAAGAAACAAUUGGUUUUAGUGUUAAAAAUGCGGUGUUGUUCCCUCAAGAGAUGGGGAAAGGAAGUUGGCCAGAAGACUAUUCCCUUUCUGAUCAUGCAAGACUAACUGUAGUCUUCACACCUAUAACAAUUUCAUGCUCUCACAAGAUUUCUUGA